GCGAUGUCGCAGCCGGGCAGGAGGAGCGGGACCCGCGGCAAGAGUGACCACAUUCUAAUCAAAGGAGGAAAAAUUGUCAACGAUGAUCAGUCAUUUUAUGCAGACGUUUAUGUGGAGGAUGGCUUAAUAAAACAAAUCGGAGAGCACCUGGUCAUUCCCCGUGGCACCAGGAUCAUCGAUGCCCACGGGCAGCUGGUGAUGCCGGGGGGCAUCGACGUCCACACGCGGCUGCAGGCGCCCGUCAUGGGCAUGAGCUCGGCCGACGGCUUCUUCCAGGGCACCAAGGCAGCGCUGGCAGGAGGCACCACCAUGAUCAUUGACCACGUGUGCCCGGACGCGGGGAGCAGCCUCCUGGCCGCCUACGAGCAGUGGCGCGGCCACGCCGACGGCCAGGCCUGCUGCGACUACGGCCUGAGCGUGGACAUCCCGCGCUGGCACGAGAGCCUCCGGGAGGAGCUGGAGGCCCUGGUCAAGGACAAGGGUGUGAACUCGUUCCUGGUGUUCAUGGCUUACAAGGACAAGCUGCAGUGCACGGAUGGCCAGAUGUACGAGAUCUUCUGCACCAUCCGGGACCUGGGCGCCAUCGCCCAAGUGCACGCGGAGAACGGAGACAUCAUCGAGGAGGAGCAGAAGAGGCUGCUGGAGCUGGGGAUUACGGGCCCGGAGGGGCACGUCCUCAGCCGCCCCGAGGAGGUGGAGGCCGAGGCCGUGUUCCGUGCCAUCACCAUCGCCAAGCAGGCCAACUGCCCCCUCUACGUCACCAAGGUCAUGAGCAGGAGUGCUGCAGACGUCGUGGCUCAGGCCAAGAGGAAAGGCACCGUGGUGUACGGGGAGCCCAUCACGGCCAGCCUGGGCACCGAUGGCUCCCACUACUGGAGCAAGAACUGGGCCAAAGCCGCCGCCUUCGUCACGUCCCCCCCCGUCAGCCCCGACCCCGCCACGCCGGACCACCUCAGCACUCUGCUGUCCAGCGGGGACCUGCAGGUCACCGGCAGCGCCCACUGCACCUUCACCACCGCGCAGAAGGCCGUGGGCAAGGACAACUUCACCCUCAUCCCCGAGGGCACCAACGGCAUCGAGGAGAGGAUGCCCAUAGUCUGGGAGAAGUGUGUGGUCCCCGGGAAGAUGGAUGAGAACGAUUUCGUAGCAGUGACCAGCACCAAUGCUGCCAAGAUCUUCAACUGCUACCCCAGGAAGGGGCGCGUGGCCGUGGGCUCCGACGCAGACCUGGUGCUGUGGAACCCCAAGGCUACGAAAAUCAUCUCAGCCAAAACCCACAAUUUGAAUGUGGAGUACAACAUAUUUGAAGGCACCGAGUGCCACGGGGUCCCAGCCGUGGUCAUAAGUCAGGGAAGAGUUGUCCUUGAAGAUGGAAAUCUGAGCGUCACCCAGGGCUCAGGUCGCUUCAUCCCUAGGAAGACAUUCCCUGACUUCGUUUACAAAAGGAUAAAGGCAAGAAACCGGCUGGCCGAGGUGCACGGCGUGCCCCGCGGGAUGUACGACGGGCCGGUGCACGAGCUGCCGGCCAGCGUCAAGGCCGCGGCGCCCGGCGCCGGCAAAGCCGCGGCCGCGCCCGUGCGCAACCUGCACCAGUCCGGCUUCAGCCUGUCCGGGUCACAGGCAGAUGACCACAUUGCCCGGCGCACGGCGCAGAAGAUCAUGGCCCCGCCGGGCGGGAGGUCCAACAUCACCUCGCUGUCCUGA